GCUGUACUCUUCACGUUUCACAGCGUCGUUUGCCCCAGAAACACCGUGGCUGUUGAAUGAAGCACUAGCCAAUCCCAGCAGUGCAUGCGCACAGCUGCUAGCCAAUCGCUGAGCAGGAGGCGAGGCAGAAAACGUUUAUAUUAUUUACAGCGUUGUUUUGCGGUGUUUGUGAACUGCCAUGGAAAUGCAGCCCUACCGGUACAUUCUGCUGUAAAAACAAGUGAAACCGGACAAAACAAACAGCGGCUCCAGCCUCAGCUCACUAUUAUAACUCUAAAUAUCACCUGCACUUCAUUUUCUGUUACUUUUACACUCCACUACCACCACUGCGAACAGCCUGAACAGCAGCUCCCUGCUGCUCUACUGGACAUGGAUGGGCAAAGAAUAAUUGGCAUUAACUAUCCCCAGCUGAGAGCCUUGUGCGGGAUCAGCGGCCUAAGCGAGAGUGGGAUAUCUCAGUCUUCUGUGGAUGCUCAUGAAGAAUUCAUGAAUUUAUAUCAGAAGAUAUUCCUACAGCCAAAAAAAAUUCCCCCUGGGAUCCCACUGGGUCGAGAGAGCAACAUCAGCCAUGCUUCACAGACACUUAAAGCCAUGGAGAGCCAGGCCCGUCAGGAGAGGAACAGGAAUCGGCCUCAGGAGAAGCAGACUCAAGAGAUGCUCAUCAACCAUGCAAUCAGAGCCCUCAAAAAGCUCCCUAUUGAAAGAUCUCAGAAAGAUCUUCAGGUUAUCCUUAAAAUGCUGAAGAUGUUCCCCUGUCUAUCCACUCAGCUGCCCAAACAAGAGCUAAACAAGAUCAGCUCCAUUGGCGUCGUGGAGACCUGGGACCGCAGCCAGAUCUUAUUUGGACAUGAUGGAUUUUUCCUGAUGCUGAAGGGCUCAGUGAAACCGUACACCAGAAAAGGCUCAAGAGAAGACCAGAAUAAGCCUGCAAUUGGUGUAGGAGGUUUCUUUGGUUCUUUUGAACCUCCACAAUCUGAAGACAGUGGUAACAUCACGCAAUGUGCACUGACACUUGAGGUCUGUGAGAUCUUCAAAAUCUCCCACUCUGGAUAUGCUAAGCUGAAGGAGGAUAUUGCAGCCAAGGAUCAUGCCAUGAAAGAGUCUCUGAUCAAAAGUUGCCAGUACUAUCUUAGUUGGCCCAAACUUUCUAUCCACCAUCUGACCAAACUCAUCCAGUUGAAGACUUUCCCCGCCAAUCAAGUGCUGGUGAAGGAAGGCAGAGUGUGUUCGUUUGUGGCCUACAUUCGAGAAGGCGAGUGCACCCUCCUCCAGGACAUCGGCGCCCUGAUCCAUCCUGCAAAAAAAAAGGGUGUAGGGAUCAAGUCUGUUGUGGUGGGGAGGCUUGGGUGCAUGGAGUCUUUUGGAGAGGUCAGCGUCCUGCAGGAGCAGCCUUCACCCUGCACCAUUAUCACAAGCACAGAGCUGCAAGCUGGAAUUAUCCAACCGGAGGCUCUAAGAGACCUGGAUUCAGUGACCAUCUCUCUGAUGCUUCAGACUGCUCAGCCCACAUGCAGAAAGCUCAGUCAGGAGGAGAUAACUAAGGAGUACAUGAGACAAGAAAAAAGCAAGGAGUGGGAUCACAUAAAGAAACGAGUGCUGUCUGAUGCUCUGUUUUACAACGGUAUUCAGCUGGGGUGUGGCAAAUGAACACCGAACAGAGGACCAAGAAAAACAGCUGACGAACACAAGCCCUCCGUGUUUCCCUUAACCUACAUGAACACACGCAAACACUCACAUUAAACACACACUUCUGACUCCCUAAUGAAGAAGAAAAACAGAUAACUCUGAGCUCAUUGAACCUCUCAGGCGUCCAUGUUGCCAAAAACCUAAUUUGCUGUUUUUGGUAGACAUGACUUCCUGAGUCCCACCAUGGACACCGACUGCAGCAUUUGUCAGGAAGAGACACUCUUUGUUUUGUGCUCGCUUUUCUACUCCUUCCAGCUGUAUAAAAACCCCACAACUGCACUCUGCACCAUUGUGCAAAAGACCUCCUUCUUGUCUCUUUUUCAAAAGCUUUUCAAACAAGAUGCAAUUAUUCUCAAUCAGCCAGCUUGCACCACAGCGCUUCCGUAAGGCUUGCCAGGGGGACUCGGAGGACGGAAACAUAAUGUUGUAAUUAACCCACUUAGACUGACAGAACCGGACAGGCCCCGUGUGCUCCUACUCAACCCAGUCAGGGCCUUUGUGUUUGAAGCCUGAGUCUAAAACCGUAGGAGAUCAGUUCAGAGGUCUACAAAGACCCAGUCUUGCUGACUGACACCAACUUCAUCACACAGCCCCUGAAGUAGGAUUUCCAUCCAGUUGUUUCUCAUCCUUUCUUUAAUGUUUUUUUCCCCCUUUUUGAAGACUCUUUCAAUUACUGCCACAAAUUCUACUAACUGGCUUGGCUUUCGUCCUUCUUCUAUUCUGGAGCUAUUCUUAAUUCAGAAAGCUGAAUCUGCGUCUGACUUUGUUAGGGUGUUUUCACACUAGACAUUUUUUCCAGAUGUGAAAGCUCCCAUCGCUGGCCCUCCUGAAAUUGGUAGUCCUGGGUUUGUUUCAAGUGGAAUCUGGUACAAUUCUCUGCUGGUGUGGAAGCUAUCCUCUCCUGGUGCCAUGUGUGGGGUUGUGUGAUUGUUUCAUUUUGUAAUUUAACAGCUUCGACAUAUCACAUUACUUCCUUUUCCAUCAGUUUAUCCUAAAACACUUUCAUAGACUGGAGUUUACUGGUAUAAGCUCAGCUUUUUGGAGUAAGUAUGUCUUCUGACAGCAUGGAAAAAAGAGAAGAGUUUUAUCUGUGGCCUGCACAGAUAAAAAUCUCCUCAUACGACAUUGGCCCCCUGUUUGUUUAGAGGAGCUUGUGCACAAUAAAAUGCCAUGUUUCCCAAAAGCGCUGUUCCUUGACAGUUGAAUAUCUUUAUCCAGAUAAUGGCCAAAGCUUUUGUAAAAACAACAUGCAGAAAUGUGAUGUAUUGUGCAAUCAAUCCAUGGGUCAGAUGUUCAGAAUUCUUGUGUGUGAAGGUAAACCAUCAAAAUUAGCCCUUCCCCACAGUCUGUCCUGGGUGCGGAUUCAUUAAUUUGAGACAAGUUGCAGCAUUCACAGAUACUUCCUCUUCUUAGCUCUUAGCUUCUGUUGUUACAUGCUCUGUAGUUGUGUUUUCCAAACCAAACUGUUCAUAGAUGAAAAGGCCAUUGACUAGAACACGUCAAGGAAACCAGAGGAAGCUUAAAUCCCUGUGCCUUCUACUAUCAUACCCGGCCUGCAUGCUAUAAAACACAGUGAUUUAGUAGUAAAGCUGGGCUGAUCUUCGACGGUUCAUUGCCGCUACUUUAGUCUCUUCAGCUUUGGAUAAAUAAAUCUGGAAACUUUCAGCCCAGAAAACAUUCGGUUUGUUUAAGUGAGGGAACCCUUCAGUGACCCUCUUGGGGACUGGUUACUCUCAGACUCCCUUAGGAAACAACUCAAAUUCUUUUUUGAUCCAAAACCUUUUUAUCUCUUUUUAUUCUGAAAUGAUUCCAUUAAACUUUAGCCUCCUGACCCACACUGGAUGCUUCUAGAUCUAAUGACAAACUGCAGGGCCUAAAUUUAGUGUUGUUUACCUUUGUACAGUAUUUCUUUAAAAACAUUCACAUGAAAUAAAUCUUAAAUAUGUGGAUUUCAACAUUAUAUAAAAGACAACUUUAGACUUUUAGAUCUGUGUGAGAUAUAUAGUGAUACAUGAUACUUUUUUGAGAAUCCGCUUAAUCAUAAAGUGCACCUUAUGGCUGGCAUGACAGAUGAUGAUAUGUACAAUAUUGGUUUGUGUGUGUGUGUUAGUGUGUGUGUGUGUGUGUGUGUGUGUGUGUGUGUGUGUGUGUGUGUGUGUGUGUGUGAGAUGAGAAAGGAAAUGACAAGGCCAUUUCCUGUGUUUGGAAUAGGCCAUGUGACUGUGCUGUAGGGCAGAGAGGUGUCAGUAGGUGCAAUGACAUUAUCACCUCAGGAUAUGAGGAGAGGAAAUAGAUGAGGAGCCUUUAAAUAAAGAAUGAACUUCACAUGCCCUCUCCGCUGGACACAAGGGCCUGCUCUAUUUUCCAGCAUCAUUAAUUAAAAAACAAAAAAAAAAACGAUGAUGACUUUGUGCUUGACAUGAAUGCGCUCUAUUUUACUGUGUGAUAUUUUGCUGCUUCAGUUGGGCCAGAUUCCCCUUAAGAAUUUAGUGAUGUUUAUUUGAGGCACAAAAGAACAUUGUGGGGAGACAACCAUUGAGAACACACUGUUCGAAGAUUCGGUCAGCACUAGACUUGUAAAAUAUAAGCUCUAAAUUGCUCUGGACCAAAAAAAUACUUAAUAAAUAGAGUAUGGCCUAAAAUAGUAUCACCAUAUAUAGUAGUAGUGAAACAUUUAGUGUAACUAUGUCAAACAUUGUUUUUAAAUAUUUCAAUUAUUUUGUCACAAAUUUGGUCUUGAACUGGAGACUUUCAUUAAAGACUUUUUGUGGAUACUCUGUUUGUACCAAAUCAUGAUUACAAUUAUUUGUUCACACCUGUUUAAAAUCACAAUUUUUGUAUUGUUCUUUACCUCACUACUAGCCUUAAAUUGUCAUUGGCCUGAAAUGUAAGAAAUGAUGUAUAUUAAUAAAUGAAAUAAUGUUGAUCUUAAAAAACGUGAAAUGUUUUGGGUUCAUAUCGUCUGCACUCAAAUAAAAGUCA